AUGACGUAUACCGGCUUGACCAAAGUGACACCUGGAACUUUUAAGCCUUUACAAAACCUGCGAACACUGGAUUUAUCCGAUAACAAACUUGUGGAAAUUGAUGGCGACAUUUUCUAUAAGUAUAUUCCUAAGCUGGCCACGUUUCUUUUUAAUAAUAAUAGAUUUUCAUGUGACUGCCAUCUUGUAAGAUUUGUAGGUUGGUUAAAACACACAUCAAUUCAAAUAUCUGGGGAAGACCAGCCUUGUUUCUCACCAAGCAAGCUGUCUGCAGUGAAAGUUGGGGACUACUCGCCCGGUUUCCUCGAGUGUAAAAUUGGAUUGCAAGUACUGCUCUACGCUUUGGGGACAUUAGUUUUGCUGAUUUUUACUGCCGUUAUAACAUUUUAUCGUUGGGACAUUCGUUUUUGGUGGCAGUUUAAAGUAAGGCCUAAAAAAACACAAGGCUACAUACCCAUAGACGGAGAAUUUGAUGCUUUCGUUUCGUACAGCAGCAAAGAUGAGGAUUGGGUGGUUGGCACGCUGGUGAGGAAUUUAGAAGAAAGUGAAGCACGUUUCCAACUGUGUCUCGACAAUAGAGACUUGAUUCCAGGAAAUUUCAUAAUUGAUAACCUUAUACAAGGUAUGGAAAAAAGCAAAUGUUGUUUGUUUGUAAUAACAAGGAAUUUCGUCAAAAGCGAGUGGUGUAACUUCGAACUAAACACGGCAAUAAGCAAGAUGUUGGAUGAGCGCAAAAACGUCGUCAUUCUUAUUUACCUUGAGCAUAUUCCAGAUAAAGAUUUACCAAAAAACUUGCGACGUCUCAAGAAACACGUAACUCAUCUUAAAUGGCCCAACGAUGAAGGACAAAGAAAAAUCGAUAUAUUUUGGAAGAAACUUCAGCUGGUUCUUUAUCACAAAAAGGAAACUUUCAAACAAAGAGGAACGGUGACAGAGGAAGCAGUUUAA